AUGUCUUGGGGGGGGCCAGAGGACGUCUCCUUCUCCACAUCUCUCGCAAGCUAUCUCGACAGUAAUCCUCUCUCUCUCUCUCUCUCUCUCUCUCUCUCUAGCUUCAUGUUUUUCUGCAUUCGAGGAUCACAGGCUUCCGCAGUUCCACAUUUCCUGCCUACUUGAAUGUUUCCAUAUACUGUGGUAUCUCCACAGCUUCCAUUAAUGAAGAAGAGGAAGAAGCAGCAAUGAUGCAUUCAUCUACGAGGCUCCAAGAUGAAGAUAAUCCUGGGAAUCGGCUCGUUUUAUUAGUUUUACUCUGGGGGAUGCUCGUAGUGCGUGGCUGCUCAAAUUCUACCGAAUUUCGGUGAAGUAAAUAACAGGUUUCCUUUGAUUUUCUCCAAGCAACCGUAUCAUAUCAAGGCCCUAAUUAGAAUGUGUAUAUAAGUAAGAACCUAGGGGUCUCCCGUGAGAUAUGUGGGGUGGAUUUAGCUUGUUUUGGAGGAUAUUGAGGAGGAUUGUUCUUCCUGGAUAUCAUCUACUAUUGGUUUUCCUCAUUUUAUCGGCAGACUAUUAGGUCAGAGAGAUUGAAAUCUUUAUGAAGAAUCACAGAUGCCCAACUGUUGAUUCAAUCUGGAAGAUGCUACCAUCAAAAUAUGCUAAAAAGGGUAGGGAGAUACUAUGUUAUCUCGGUAUAUUAUUCUUUCAAGACCAAAGUUUUUGCUCGGAAAUCAAUUCUUCGAUCUCCCCCAGUUACAAGAGUUGAAUGAAAUCAGGCUAUGAUGGUCUCAAUCCUUCUAUUAUAGACAGGUCGCUUGGUUCUUCGGGAUAUAUAUUUUUUUUGUUUGAAAGGAAUUUAUUGUUGAUAAUAUUUAUUGGAUAUUUCUGUGUGAUAUCUGGGUUUUCCUUUUAUUUUUUACAAUAAAUCCAGUUAUUUCAGAAUUAUCACGUGGAAUUCUUCAGAAAUCUUGAACAUUAUUUUAGGAUCUUGGUAAAUCAUGUGAGCAGGACCAAAGUCACCAUCAUCAUUUCACUCAUUUAAUGCAAAAACUUUGCUAUCUUGGAGGCUUUCUUCUAGGCUCCUAACUCGCUGAUUCAUGGCGCAGAGAAGCUCCUCAUCUUGCUGCGGGAUGGGAGGAAGCUCUUGGGCAUCUUCCGCUCCUUUGACCAAUUCGGUGGGCCCUCCCGGUCUCCGUCUCAUCUUUAAGUUGACCAACUCGGUGUAUUCCUCCUGACUCAAGAACUCUUUGACUUUCUCUCUCCAGCAAACGUCGUCCUCGAGGGGGCGUGUGAGCGGAUCAUCGUCGGGGAGCUCUUCUGUGACAUCCCGCUGGGUCUGUAUGUGAUCCGGGGGGAGAACGUCGUCCUCAUCGGAGAAUUGGUACCCAAAAUGGAUGUGGAUCAAUCACAGCUUUCACUUCUCAUUGCUGGAUCAAUCCCAAGGACCCAAACUUAUUUAUGUCUCAAAAUGGGUUUUUUUUCGUUUUGACUGGGCAGGAUGUAGAGAGAGAGGAGCUCCCUGGCCACAUGGCGCGGGUUUCGGCCCCUGAGAUCAGAAUGGUGAGUUGUUUUUACUGGAAAAGGAAAUAUUAUGGGCACUUUUUGCUCGUACUGAGUGAGUGAGUAUGUGGGCUCCUUCAGGCACAGAAGGCUGAGAGGGAUGCUUCGGACCUCAAGGGAACAAUGAGGAAGAGGAUGGAGUUUCUUGACAUGGACUGA